AUGCGAGCUCUCUGUGUAAACAAAAUCUGUUGCUUCCUCUCGAAACUAUCUCUCAAUUCUUCUAUACCUUGUCGUCGACUCUCUGGAAAUGCGAUAUCGAAUCACGGAAACCGCCGUCGAGGUUUCUCUAAUGAAGAAGCUCUUAUCCUCCGGCGUUUGUCCGAAGGAGGUCUCGUUCACGCACGCCACUUGCUCGACAGAAUUCCUCAGAGAGGAAGUAUCAGCCGCGUCAUCUACUGGACUUCGCUUCUCACAAAAUACGCGAAAGCUGGAUACUUGGACGAAGCAAGAGCUCUGUUCGAAGUUAUGCCGGAGAGGAACAUCGUCACUUGCAACGCGAUGUUGACGGGUUAUGUGAAAUGCAGGAGAGUGAACGAGGCGUGGACAUUGUUCCGGGAAAUGCCGAAGAACGUGGUUUCGUGGACUGUGAUGCUCACUGCGCUUUGCGAUGAAGGAAGGAGUGAUGAUGCGGUCGAGUUGUUCGACGAAAUGCCUGAGAGAAACGUGGUUUCGUGGAACACGUUGGUCACGGGUUUGAUUAAGAGUGGGGAUAUGGAGAAGGCGAAGCAGGUGUUUGAUGCUAUGCCUAGCCGAGAUGUUGUGUCGUGGAACGCUAUGAUUAAAGGGUUUAUCGAGAACGAUGGAUUGGAGGAAGCGAAGGUCUUGUUUGAGAGUAUGAGUGAGAGAAAUGUAGUGACUUGGACGAGUAUGGUCUCUGGUUAUUGUCGAUACGGAGAUGUUGAUGAAGCUUAUAGAUUGUUCUGUGAAAUGCCUGAGAGAAAUGUAGUUUCUUGGACCGCUAUGAUUAGUGGAUUUGCUUGGAAUGAGUUUUACAGAGAAGCGUUGUUGCUUUUUCUUGAAAUGAAGAAGGAUGUUGAUGCCGUAUCGCAGAAUGGUGAGACUCUUAUCUCUCUUGCUUAUGCUUGUGGUGGUCUUGGUGUUGGAUUUCACCGUCUUGGCCAGCAAGUGCACGCACAGGUUAUGUUUAAUGGUUGGGAAAGUGUGGAUCACGAUGGAAGGUUGGCGAGAAGUCUUGUUCAUAUGUAUGCGUCGUCUGGUUUGAUUGCUUCAGCGCAGUCUCUGUUCGACGAGAGCUUUGAUUUGCAGUCUUGCAAUAUUAUGAUCAAAGGUUACUUGAGAAUUGGGGAUUUGGAAAGAGCUAACACUCUGUUCAAGAAAGUCGAGAGCUUUCAGGAUAGAGUGUCUUGGACAUCGAUGAUUAAAGGGUAUCUAGACGCGGGAGAUGUAACGAGAGCGUUUGAUAUGUUUCAGAAACUUGACGAUAAGGAUGGGGUUACAUGGACGGUUAUGAUCUCAGGUCUAGUCCAAAACGAGCUUGUUGCAGAAGCUGCGUCUCUAUUGUCAGAUAUGGUGAGACAUGGUCUGAAGCCAUUGGACUCGACUUACUCUGUUCUUCUAAGCUCCGCUGGUGCCACUUCGAAUCUCGACCAAGGGAAGCAUUUACAUUGCGUGAUCGCAAAGACAACAUCUUGCUAUGAUCCUGAUCUCAUCCUUCAAAACUCACUCGUCUCAAUGUACGCAAAAUGUGGAGCCAUAGACGAUGCGUAUGAGAUAUUCUCGAACAUGGUCCGGAGAGAUACAGUUUCAUGGAACUCGGUGAUCAUGGGGUUGUCUCACCACGGCUUAGCGGAUAAAGCUUUAAAACUGUUCAAAGAGAUGCUUGAUUCAGAGGUGAAACCGAACUCUGUAACGUUUCUCGCGGUUCUCUCAGCUUGUAGCCACUCAGGACUCAUCACCAGAGGCUUAGAGCUGUUCAGAGCAAUGAAGGAAACACAUUCAAUCCAGCCCGGGAUCGAGCAUUACAUCUCGAUGAUCGACCUUUUAGGCAGAGCCGGUAAGCUAAAAGAAGCAGAGGAAUUCAUCUCAACUCUGCCUUUUACUCCAGACCAUACGGUCUACGGUGCAUUGCUAGGGUUAUGCGGGCUUAAUUGGAGAGAUGAAGAUGCAGAAGGUGUAGCGGAACGGGCUGCGAUGCGGUUGCUAGAGCUGGAUCCGGUUAAUGCACCGGGACACGUGGCGCUGUGUAAUGUGUAUGCGGGUUUUGGUAGGCAUGAGAUGGAGAAGGAGAUGAGGAGAGAGAUGGGGUUUAAAGGUGUGAAGAAGACACCGGGGUGCAGUUGGAUUGUGGUUAAUGGAAGAGCUAAUGUGUUUCUCUCUGGUGAUAAGUCUGCUUGUGAGAAAGCUCAGAUGGUGUUGCCAAUGUUUUGUGGUAGUAGUAGUAAUGGUGAUUGUAUGGUUGAGGAGGAAGAAGAUAAACAGUUGACUCUCCUCUACCAUUAA